AGAAAAAUGAUUUUGCUGGCGUUCCUGUUCCUGCUGGCCUCGCUCCCAGCUGGGUCUGUGAGACUCAGGUACCCCCCCAAGGCAGCCAUCUCCAGCCCCGUGUUCGGCCCCCGCCAGGUGCACGGCGUGCUGGGCGGCUCCGUGGUGGUGAAAUGCUUCUACCCGCCCACCCCCGUGAACAGACACGACAGGAAAUACUGGUGCAGGCAGGUGGGCGCCAGGUGUGCCACCAAGGUGAGCUCGGUGUACGUGGACCCUGCCUACCAGGGCAGGAUCUCCCUGAGCGACCACCCCGAGGCGGAAAACUUCCAGAUCAACAUCUCAGCGCUGGCGCUGAGCGACGCGGGCACCUACCAGUGUGGGGUGGGCGUCAACGGCAGAGGGCUGUCCCACACAGUCGUUCUCAGCGUUGCUGAAGCCCCGCCUGUUCCUGAGGCAGCUGAGCUCUUCUACGUGAAGCUGCACAGCACCUGGACCGUGUCCUGCAGCUUUGGGAAGGACACAGCCGACCAGAGGAGGUACCUGUGCAAGAAGGAGGAGGAAGGCUGCAGGGACAUCAUCAACAGCCACAAGGAAAUCGAUCCAGAUUUCACAGGCAGAGCUCUGCUGACUUUUGAGGAGCCUCCAGGCUCGUUCAGGGUCACCAUGACCCAGAUGGACUGGGAAGACAGAGGCUUGUACUACUGUGGAGUUGGUGAAUAUGGGAAAAACGAAAAAAUGAAGGAACUGGACGUGUUUGUCUACGAGGAUAAAAACUUCCCUAAGUUAAAGACCACAGUAACUGGAAAAAAUGGAAGCUCAGCAACCUUCGAGUGCCUCUAUGAUCCUCUGCAGAAAUCCUCCUCGAGGAUCUGGUGCAAGUGGAGGAUCCAGGGCUGUGACAAGAUCAUCGACAACGCUGGCUAUGUGAAGGAGGGCUACGAAGGGAGAGUGGCGAUGUUCGAGAACCCUGGAAACAAAACUGUCACCAUCGUCCUGAACCAGCUGCAGACCAGGGACCAGGGCUUCUACUGGUGCAUGUCAAACGAGCUGAAGGAGCAGCAAUCAUCCACAGAACUGAAGGUUGUGAAAGGAGAACCUGCACUGACAGGAGACAAGGAAGUGGAUGCACAAGCAGGCUCCAGGGUGAAUUUAACCUGCUCUUACCCCUGCAAGUAUUACUCCUUGGAGAAGUACUGGUGCAGGUGGAACGAGAGCGGCUGUGCCGUGCUGCCAGCGCAGGACCUGGGGCUGCCAGGGCCGGGAACCAGCUGUGCCACAUCCACCAGGACCGUGGUGCUGAGCUUUGACCCGGUGCAGAAGGAGGAUGCAGGCUGGUACUGGUGUGGGGUGAAGCAGAACCGAGUCCUGGGGGAGACCAUGGCCGUGGAGCUGCGGGUGAGCGAAGGUGACCGUGAUUCCAAGCACAGCCCAGAGCUCCUGGACGUUGAUUCCAGCCAUGAUUCCGGAGCUGCUCCCCUAGGAGGAUCCCACAGCGGCGCUGAGGUGCGGAAAGGAGCCGUCCCAGAAAGCUCUGAUGAAAACCGUGGCUCCAACACUGUGGCCUUAGUGCUGGGCCCUCUUGCUGGCCUGAUCCUGCUUGCUGUGACAGCCUUUGCCAUUGUCAAAUACAGGCAGCUGAAGAGAUCUGACCUGGUGUCCGUGGGGAGCUACAGGACCAACAUCAGCAUGUCAGACUUUGAGAACGUGAGGGACCUGAGCGCCUGCAACAGCGCCAAGGAGAUCCAGGAGACCCCGGUGGGAGGGGACGAGUUCAUCACCACCACGGACACUCAGCAAAGCGCCGUCGACACGACCAAGGCAAAAAGGAGCUCCAAGGAGGACGCUGAGCUCACCUACUCCUCCUUCCUGGCCACCUCCGAGAGCAUCGCCCAGGGCGGCUCCGUUGGGGACAGCGCUGUCCUGGACGUGUCCCCUCCCCAGGACCGGCUCUGAGGGGAGGUGACAGCACCUGGGACCGGCUCUGCCUUGAGCAUCACAACAUCAGCAAGCAACACUCUUCAUUGCUCCCACUAUUUGCUAUAGCUUGACC